CAUCUGCCUUCAAGCUUUUAUUGUAACUCCGUUCUUUUUCAUGAAAACUAGUUACAAAAGUUUGAAGCAAAGCAAAUAAAUGGAGAGUACAGAUUCAUCGUCGGUUUCGCCGCACCCGCAGCUACCACCAGGGUUCCGAUUCCACCCGACCGACGAAGAGCUAGUGGUUCACUACCUGAAAAAGAAGGUCGCAUCUGCUCCUCUGCCUGUUACAAUCAUAGCCGAAGUUGAUCUUUACAAGUUUGAUCCAUGGGAGCUGCCAAGUAAGGCAACUUUCGGAGAGCAAGAGUGGUAUUUUUUCAGUCCUAGAGACAGGAAAUAUCCGAAUGGAGCAAGGCCUAAUAGAGCCGCAACUUCUGGUUACUGGAAAGCCACCGGGACCGAUAAGCCCAUUGUAACUUCCAAUGGAAACCAAAAGGUUGGUGUUAAAAAAGCUCUGGUGUUCUACAGAGGUAAGCCUCCCAAAGGGAUCAAAACCAAUUGGAUCAUGCAUGAAUAUCGCCUCAUCGACAAUAUUUCUACUUCAAAGCCUCAAAUUACUGAUCUACCCAACAGGAAAGCUUCUUUACGGCUUGAUGAUUGGGUUUUAUGCCGGAUUUACAAGAAGAAUAAUGCCCAACGACCCAUGGAAAGGGACACCAUGGAGGGAACGGGGAUGCGUACUGCGACACUGCCAACUCCUAACAAUCAAAAUCCAAGCGCUCUAACAUCAAAAGCUACCACUUACGGUUCAUUGCUACAACAUGAAGAUAAUUUCUUUGAUGGGAUAUUAUCAGAUCAGGGGAUGCGAGGCAGUUCCAACAUUUCACAACUACCAGUAUCGUCAGGCUCAAAGCCAAAUUUCCCCAUGGCGUUUAGCGUUAAACCAGCACUUCCUCCACAGUACUGGAAUGAACCGGAUUCAACAGGUUCAGAAUCCGGGAAAAGAUUCCAGCAAGAUGAUGUAAAUGGUAAUAGCAGAGAUGAUACCAAUUCCUUCGUUUCUUUGCUCAACCAGCUUCCUCAAAACACUCCGUUUUACCCAGGCACCAUCCUUGGCGAUGGGGUUUCCCUUCAACACUUUAUACUUCCUACUUCCGCGGAUGACUACAAGUAGAUAUACCUUUAAUUAAUUAAAUACUUCUGCCUACUUAUUUAAAUGUG